AUGGAGGACGACGACACCUCGCGCCGCCCCGCGCUCGAGCCGUGGCUCCGCGACCUCGGCGAGAGCUCCGGCGUCGCGUUCGCGCGCGCGUCCCCCCGAGAGAGCGAGCACGGCCGCGGCCUCUUCGCGACGAGCGACGGCGUCGACAUCGGCGACGUCGUCCUCUCCGUCCCGAAAAAGCUCGCGCUCGUCGUCCAAGCCGACCGCGGUCUCGCGCUCCCGUCCGACGGGUCCUGGCCGCGCGUGCGCGCGGGCGUCGCCGCCGCCGCGCCGGACGCGGGGAAGACGUGGGAGUUCGUCCUCGCGCGCGCCAUCGUGGACGCCGUCGCCGGCGACGGCGGCGCGUUUUGGACCCAGUACGCCGGCGUCCUGCCGCCGCCCGAGAAGCUCGCGCAUCCGUUCCUCCUCUCGGACGCCGAGCUCGCGUCGCUCCAGGACGACGACCUCGCGGCGGAGGGACUGAACGACGCGAUGCGAAUCGCCGCGCUGAUGCCGGACCUCAUGGACGCGAUCGAGGGCGGCGAGCGCGGCGAGCACGAGACCGCGGUCGGCGCGUGGGCGCUCGCCGUCGUGCGCUCGCGAGCGAUGCUCGCGGGUCUGAACACCUACGCGGUGGUGCCCUUCUUAGAUCUCGCGAACCACGCGACGAUACCGUCGGUGGACUACCGAUGCGAGGGCGUGGAGACGCGGACGAACGGGAUCGGGAUCGCGCCGCAGGAGAAAGACGCGACGACGUUCGAGCUCGUCGCGCUGAAGCCGAGGAAGGCGGACGAGGAGCUGCGUCUCGCGUACACGCGAGGGCAGCUGACGUCGGCGGCGCACUUCGCGCAGUACGGGUUCGCGCCGCCGGGGGGGUCGCCGCUCGAUAGGAUAGACUUGAUAGGCGGCGACGACGGCGGUGGGGUCGUGCGCGCGAGCGCGCGGUUGAGAGCGGCGCUGAAGCGCGCGACGAAGGCGGCGCUGACGCGGUGCGCGGGCGAAGAGGGCGGCGGGGAAAAGCACGCCGGGUGGGUCGCCGCCGCCGCGUCCGUCUCCGCCGCGUUCGGGAGCGGCGACGGCGACGGCGACGGCGACGGCGACGGCGACGGCGACGCCGCGACCGUGGAGACGCUCCUCGCGCGCGUGGGCGCGAUAGAGUCUGGGUACGCCACGACCUUGGAGGACGACGAGCGCGCGCUCGACGAGAUCAACGAAGCCGUCGGGGACGCGAGGGACGAGCGCGCCGGGAACAUCCUCGGAUUGCGCGCGGGGAAGAAGCGGCUCGCGAGACGCGUCGCGGAGCUUCUGCGCGAGCUGAGGGAGGCGUAG